UAUGGGACAUCUGUAUAUGGAUAUAAAUUCAUUUAUAAACUUUUACCAAACAACAUUUUGUCACUUUGUGUUUAAACCUACCGAUUUUUUACCGUUGAUUCUACCAUUGUCUUUAAAUAUUAAUAUUUAAACACACUGAUUCUAUCGACAUUUGGUCGGCAUGGUUGGCAGCGCUGAAAAGGCCUCAUGUUCCCGACAUAACCUCAAAAAAUAAUUCACGACAAUCGAUUAAAAAUAUUCAAAUAAAACUAAUAAUAACAAUUAAUUAAAAAAAUGGGUAUAAUUAAAAUGGAAGAUAUCAUUGAAACUCGGCCAAAGGAUAACGAAGAAAUCAAAAAACCUCAAAAGAAAAAAUAUCCUAUAAAAGAAGACAUUCCAAAAGGUAAACCAAAAUCUGGUCGAGUUUGGAAAUCACAAAAACAACGAUUCUCUUCAAUAAUAAAAUCUAAAGGUUUAAAGAAUCCAAUGGAGAAAAAAGAAACAUUAAGAAAAGAGUUAUUAAGGGUAAAAGAGGCUUCGAGAGCUAUUAAAGCGGCUAAAGAAGAAGAAAAGGAGAAGAAAAAGGAGCGACGACGUGAAAAUUUAAAGCGACAAGAAGAGAAUAGGAAAAAAUCCGAAAUAGUGCAGGUUAUUAAAAAUACGGCAAAAUUGAAGAGGAUGAAAAAGAAACAAUUAAGACAUAUUGAAAAAAGGGACACUAAUUAAUCUAAAUAUAUAUCUUUUAAUUAA